AAGAAACUUUGAAUAAAAGCAACUUUCAACCCAAAAACCCUAAAUAGAGGCUAAGCAUAGAUCGUAUUCAAUAUCUGCUCUAUCUCGACAAAGCUCCCUCUCGGUCAACUAGAAUUGAAUUGAUAUGUAUGAUAAUACGCCACAAGCCGUGUUUAAGAAAAUCUUAAAGAGGAAAAAUCCUUGGUUACGAGAAUGUAUAAAAGAGGAAUUCAAUCCAGAAAAUUACAAGCCGGAUCCGGAACUUAUGCAUCGCAUAAAAAACUUAUCUAAGCGACCAAAGUUCAAUUCUAAAGAUGAUAAUGUCUUUCUGGAUUUACAGACAAAGAAAGCUGCUCUUAAGGUUUCUUCUUCUGUUGUUGCUCUUUUAUCUUAUACUACUGGGGACCAAGAAUUGAAUCAAUGUUCCGGUGUGAUCGUUGAAAAUGAUGCCAAUAAUGCUCAUAUUGUUUUGACAUCCGCCAAUCUCCUUCGGCGUCCUCGUGAAAAAGGUCUCCUGGACGAUACUUUGGCAGAUAGUCUUAAGGUUAUCGUAUACCUGUAUGAUGGUGGAUCAUAUGUAGGAGAAGUAUGUGCCUAUGAUUUCCACUUUAAUAUUGCUUGGAUACGGUUUCAGUCCGAUAUAUCCCUUCCUACUGCCAUACUAAGACAAGUGGACGAUUACAUUAAUGUUAAUCCAGCUCAGGACAACUCAUUUCCUCUUCAUCCACAUUCUAGCCAUUUUAACCUUGUUCCUGGUCUUCCAAUAGUUGCCGUGGGCCGUUAUUUUGCCAAACCAUUUGAUCUCAUGGCUGCUCCCGGUCAAUUCAUUCUUGACCGCUGCGAUCUUGACUGUAAGGAGCUCUUCAUGGGGUCUUGCAAGACCACAAGUUGUGGUGAGGGUGGCGCACUUGUAAAUCUUUCAGGAGAAGUAAUAGGUAUUACAUUUUAUUACGAUUACGGUUUUACUACCCCGUUUAUGCCAAUAAACAUAGCUCGCAAAAGCUGGGAGCAUUACAAAAGAUAUGGGGGACUCCGACGACCUUCUUUGGGAGUUGUGGCUACAAACUUAUACACGGCAGAUGUAUCUCUCAUAGAGAAGGUUAUUCAAAAGGUUCCAAGUAUUUGCAAUGGGGUUCUUGUUGAGAAGGUAAUUCAAGGUUCUUGUGCUGAUUCUGCUGGGCUACAACUGGAGGAUGUAAUAGUUGAGUGUGGCGGAAAAACAGUUCUUAGUUUCUUGGAGUUUUUGGAGAUGGUGUGGGAUAAGAAGGUUGGAGAUGUGUUACAACUGUCUAUUGUCCGAGCAUCUCAAUAUGACCCCAUACAUGUCAAUAUGGUGGUUGAUGAAGUUGCUGUCGAAUAUUUUUAUCAUUGGCCACGGAAGUAGCGAAACUGACGAGGCUCGGGCUGCAGCAGUUUUGUGUAUGAUCACUUUUGUUUUAAUAGCUGGGUUUUCAAGCUGAAGGGUUCGAAGUGCAUAGUGAAUUUAGCAUUACAAUUUUGUUUUUGUUUUGCUUUAAUUUUGGCUUUCAAGCUUAAGCUGUACAAAAUACAUUCAUAUAUUACCCGCUGCUCAUUUUGGAUGUACUCAGACUCUCUAUUUACAAAAUGAGAGUCAAUUGAGCAAACCAUUGCCAACAUCUUGACAUUAGAUGAAAUUAUUAACUCCUUUUGAUGAA